AUGGCUCCGACAUCAAAACAGUUUAACGUCGCUACAAGUCAACGCCUGUUCCGAGAGAACCAUGUAAAGAAGCAGGCUACACGUCGACGAGGCCAACGCGAUGGACCGUUCAAACUCCAACUGCGAUUCCUCACCGCGACCAAUCCGUCACAUUUCAGGAAUGACGAUACGAGACGCAGCGUGCGUUCUCACGCAAUGUCAUAUCACCGGAAUAAACCACGAAAAGAGGUUAGGCUACCUCAGGAAUGCUCCGAAGUACUAGCCACAAAGGAGACUACUCCCUUAGAAGAACACAUCCUGCACAAUGGUCGCGAUCAUGGAGAUGCACCAGGGAAACUGGAAGGUUGUCUACUGCUGCAACAGCAGCACGGAAAUGAAACGAACCAAAUCACGCGUCGGCAUGCUCACGACAGCAUCACGUUUGAACACAUGCCACGAUCUAAUCGACAGCUGUCCACCACACGCGCCCUGCUGACGCUGACUAGCCCCAAGGCCAAUUCAGACGACUGUGACUAUGCUGAGAGUCAAGAAGAGCGCAUCCUACGUCUUUUCACGGCCCAAGUAACUACAAUAUGUAACAUUGGAGAUGGUGUGGACCCCUUUUUUGUGCUACCAGACUUCAAACAUCCGGAGGUCAACUCGCUUUUCCUCAAGCGUCAUUGUAUCCGGACAUUUGCAAGUGAUUCGUUCCAUGUCAAAUGGCUCCCUGUCAUGCUGUCUGAUCCCGAAGUCAUGCUCAGUUCUGCAAUCCUAGCUUCCGUUUGGCUAGACAUGCACUCGGAGAUUCCAGGUGAAAGCACGCAAACCCGCCUGCUAAAGGACGAGAUUAUCGGUAUGGUUAAUCAGCGGCUGGGAAAGAAGAGCACUUGUUCAUCAGAUUCCACGAUCAUGGUCGUGCUUCACUUGCUCAUGGGUGAGAUAUCGGGCUCCAAUGAGAAGGCGCUUCGUGUACACGAGCGGGGUAUUGCACAUUUACUUCAGCAUCGUGGUGGGCUACAAUGUUUGGGCAACGAAAUCUUGGCAGAAACAUGCACUGCGGUCUGCUAUCACGGUGACUUGAUCUGCGAAGCCGAACCUCUACCUGAUCUUGCCACUGAUCUACCAGUCGUAAACUCAGCGACUAUUGACGGUGUUGAAAUACCUGAGUCGCCUGUAUUUUGCCCUAGAACAGACUUUACGACAAUUGCUAGCGACUCGCAUUGCUCGACCUCGACACGUGACUUACUUCGAGACAUGCGGGACUUGACCGAUCUCUUCAUUUCCCAAGGAGCCGCAUCUGAGACUGUUCGCGAUACUUGCAAGAUAGAUGCGGCCUACUGGGAACAGCGCAACGCUGAGUACUGUAGUAGAGUCACUGCAAUACGCAAGCGCUUGACUAGCCUUCCCUCAGCACACGUCCCAGACCUCCCCACUUCCAAUGACUGGAUUUUCGAGGCCUGCCGUAUUGCCGCGCUCAUCUAUACCGCUUCAAUCUUACUGCGUAUACCUUUCUCCACUGCUGCUAACCCAUGCCGAAACCCGUUAGUGGCAGAGUCGGAAGCGUUCAACUGUCUGGGAUCCGACGCGAGUCAUCUCAAUACCCACUUGAGCCAAGCAUUGUUCAAAAUACUACGCCGUACUGCUGUUGCGGACGUAUGGGACAAGAUGUCUGGUGUUUUGUACUGGGUAAGUACCGUUGGCGCUGCGGCAGCUCGUUCGUCUACUGGAGAUGAUGUAGAUACCAAAUGGGUCCGACGGUAUCUUGUGAUUUACUCGACACGCACAAUGGUCAAGCUGGUCUUUGAUCAUGCAAAGCCUAUUGUAGUGUCACAGAAGAAACUUCUCAAGAUACAGCAGCUCAUCAGCAGACCCGAUGGUCGUGACGUGGAAAGCGUCACUUAG